ACAGGGAAGGGGGGAGGCUGGCAAAUAGACAACAACACCGGAUUGAGGAAAUUGACGAGGGCAUACUAUGUGCAAAACAAACUUGUUUAAAGCUGACAGCCAUGCAGUCCGAGCUGUUUCAUUCACUAUCACUUCUAAGAAGAGGACAGCUCCUCCCUAGUGCACUAGACCCGAGCACAGCAUCCAGCGUGGUGUUCGCCAUCACUUCAAGUCAUGCAUUUAUACGCGAUCCCAGUGUUCUUGUUGAUGGUGUUUGGAGAUGCUGACGCGUGGGGUCCCGGUGGUAAAUAUGCCGUGAACUGCCCGGACAAAUGCAACCCCGCGCAGUGCGGCUCGACGCAGCGCUGCAGGCGCACGGUGUUGGAUGACUGCGGAUGCUGCCAGGUCUGUGCGGCGGGACGGGGAGAGCACUGCUACCGCACCGUGUCGGGGAUGCACGGCGUCAAGUGCGGACCGGGACUCUUCUGUGACUUCUACAAAGAUGAGGAUGAUUAUGGAGAUGAAUAUGGCAUCUGUAAAGACUGCAUGUAUGGAACUUACGGUAUGGAAUGUCGGAAAGCGUGCAACUGUAAAGCAGGUGGACUGUGUGACAGAGAAACGGGAGCUUGUCUGUCCUUUAAAUUCUUGGCUAAAAUGGCCAUGCUGAAAUCUCAUUCAAGUGAAGGUAAUGAAUUGGGCUCGGGUGACACGAACACUGAAACCAGCAGCAAUCGAUCCUCCGCUCGCAAUUUUCUCACCCCUCGCUGACAGCAACUCUCACUCUUCAGUUUAGUUAGUGUACAUGUAGCAUAAUAUAUUAAAGGACCAAAUGGAUAUAUUUUAAUAUGUUUAAAAUGGUCAAAGAAAACGAUAUGUUUUAUUCUGUAUAUUUUACAGAUGUGUAUGCAAGUUAUAUUUAUUCCAAAGCAUGUCACCAUGAAUUCAUGUCACUGGCUCACACACAUACACACACAAAUAAAUAUGCAAAUUUCCAUCAGAGUUUGAUAACACAAUAAUAAUGUUCCCUCAGUGACUUAUUAUGCUGAAACACACAAAUGAGAUGUCAAAAUUAUGGUUGAACUGAUUGAACACACACAAACAAUUGUACAUUAUGAAUGUAAUACAAUAAACACACAGCAGUGUUUAUAUAAUCAUAUUUAAAUACAUACACAUUCUAAGAUUAUAUAUCAGACUCAGAUCCAUUAGCUAUCAGUUAUGACUUUAAUAUGGCAUCACAUAUUUGAUGGUUUCUGUGAUUCUAAACAAUUGUUUUUAAUGUGGUAUAUUAAGGCCAAGGAGAUUAUUCUAAAUUAUGGACUGUAUAUCUUUCUAAUUUGUAUGUAAAUUAUUCUCAGUGAAUUUUUGCUUUAAAACCCUCUUGAAGGAGAUAUGAGUUCUUACUGCUUUAUGUAUGAGAUUUAAAAUAAAAACAUGUCAUUCUAUGAGGAAAAAA